CCCACUGGACGUUUCCUUUCAGCAUUCACCAACCUAGAUCACUGCACCGCCAGUUCAUCAGCUAUGAAGACCAUGUUGUGCGCCACUUUUCUGACCCUUGUGAUGGGUGCUGACGCCGCCGGGUUCCUCGACUUUUUGUUCGGAGUUCCUACAGAUGCUCCUGGACUUCUAAAUAUGACUAACAAACACUGGUUCUGUCACGAUUUGGAUUGUCCAGCUUAUGAAACCAUGACAACCAGACCAGGUUACGAGAAGAGAAGAUAUGAGGCGUCAAAGUGGGUAGCCACUAACCUUACGACAACCAGUUUCUCCUCUACGGAAAAUUCACAAAUGUUUAACAAACUCUUUAAAUAUAUCUCCGGCCAGAAUGCAAUGAACCAAAAGAUUCCCAUGACGGCACCAGUGUUGAAGCGCCACGUCCCCGGCGCAACUCCUCAGGCGCCCUCUACACACAUCAUGUAUUUCAUGGUGCCUCACGAUAUGCAAGUCUCUACCCCGGCCCCGACUGACCCUUCGGUCUACCUCGUCUCUCUACCCCCAAUGGUUGUGUACGUCGGAUCAUACUCCGGGUACAGUAGCGAGAGCAAAGAUAUGGCUGCCUUCAAAACCUUGAGGGCGGAGCUGGAGACCACGCCCUUCAACACCGGGUACAGCUUCACCGCCGGAUACGAUAGUCCAUUUAACAUUGUACAUAGACACAACGAAGUCUGGAUUCCGGAAUAAUAACAUAUCAACAUUACAAACAUUUGUAUAUUGUCUCAGAUAAAUUUCAUAGUCUCAUCGCCUUAAAGAUCUCAAAUACAGUUGUAAAUAUUGUACAGUAUAAUAACAUGAUGAUACAUGUAUAUUGGUUUUGUAAAUAAAAACGUUAUAUCCAG